CCUCGAGGACGUGGCUUUUCCACUGCCCCAGAAUCAUGAGAGAGAACAGUGAACAGGAGGGACUGCAAGCUGGGAUUUAUGACUCUGGUCUCCUCUGACCCACACAGCUGCCUGGGAGUUUUCCACUGCAGGGGGCCCCCACUGGGCUUCCUCCAAAAACCUCCGCCCUUCCCUCCCUUUGUCUUCCUUCCCCCUCCCCUUCCUCUGCCCCGUCUUUCUCCUUUCGGGGGACAUGGAUGACGUAGGGUGAGAGCGGAAGCUGUGGAGAUGGCAGGGGUGAUGGGGGUUGUUGGGCACAGGAUACCCCAGUCCCAGCCUGUGGGGUGGGAGGCAGAGAUCUCACAGAGCUCACCCCACACCCCUGUGCCAGGCUCUGCGUGGGCCUGUUUGGCUUCCCUGCAUUCUUGUCAUUCCACAGCCCCUGGCAGGCUGGCUGAGGGGUGGGAGGAGGUACCUGAGGGGAACAUGGAGAAGCUGCAUUCAGAAAAAGGGGAUGGGGACCCACAGUGGGCAGAGUCGUGGCUCGCACACUCAGGAAAGGGAGCCUAGGGCCAACUUGCCAAGCAAGACCAGGAAGCAGCCAAGAAGGGAAUGUGUGUUCAGACAGGUGCUUGGCUAGGGUUGGGGUGGGGAACCCAGAGGUUUCCAGUUAUCAUAAUUAAUAGAGCUGGUAAUGGUUCCCAAUAAGUGGACAGGUAGAGAGAUUAGCCAGAACCAUGCCUUAGACUUAUAAUCAGCCCCCCACCCUGGGCCCCUGGCCCCUUGGCAGGAAGAUCAAACUCAAGUGCCGAAGAGUCAAAGGUCAGCCGGAGGGGCAAUUCAAGUUCAGGAAGUUUGGAGGAAAGUAGUAUUCGGUGGCCUCACCUCAGCCCUGCAGCAUUUAAAUCCAAGCAACCGAUAGAGCCAUGGGAGUGUGCCCAGGAGCUAUGAUCUGUGGUCCCAACUCCCAUUACAACCCCAAAGCCAAUAAUGGUUGUGUCAACAAAGCCAACAGCCAGAGACUAAAGCCCAGGGCCCUAUGAUAUCUGGAGUCCAGUGGGAGCCAGGUUGGCAGGGUCUGAGAGGUCCUGUCACCCCCAACUCAAACUUGAUGGUCCCUGGAGAUUUAUGUGUCCCAUCUGUAGGGUCUUCAGCAUCCUAGGUUGCUCGUCGUGGAAGGCUGUGGUGGGCCUGGUGGAAGGAAGUUUUCUUCUCUAGACACUCUGGUCUUUUGGGUACUAAAACUCUUUGUCCCUCUAAUUUCAUUCCCUGACCCUGGUGACAGCUGAGUCAGAGACAGGCUACUUCCCCUGGAUUCCUAAUGCCUCCCUUGGGGGCUGCUCCUUGGCUGUAUCCAUAAGUCUCCCACCAACAGCUGCAGAGCGGAGCAGGCUUGGCUCAUUCCUCUGACCUGCCAGGAAGCAGAGCCUCCCAGAGACCGGGCAGAAGCAAUCAGACCUGACCUCCAGAAGACAGCAGACAAGAACCGCAGCUGGAUGAGCUUCCCUUCAACCUUCUCCCUCCUCAGUCUUCCUUAGCAUCUCACCUGGAGGAGCCACCUCUAUCCCAAUCCCUGGGGCUCAAGCCCCCUUGCGGGACCUGCAUCCCAGCAUGUCGAUAGCUGUGGAGACCUUUGGUUUCUUCAUGUCAGCCCUGGGACUGCUGAUGCUGGGGGUGACCCUUCCAAACAGCUACUGGAGAGUGUCUACCGUCCAUGGGAACGUCAUCACCACUAACACCAUCUUCGAGAACCUGUGGUACAGCUGUGCCACCGACUCCCUGGGAGUCUCCAACUGCUGGGACUUCCCGUCCAUGCUGGCCCUCUCUGGCUAUGUCCAGGGCUGCCGAGCUCUCAUGAUCACCGCCAUCCUCCUGGGCUUCCUGGGCCUCUUUCUAGGCAUGGUGGGGCUCCGCUGCACCAACGUGGGCAACAUCGACCUCUCCAGAAAGGCCAAGCUGCUGGCCAUUGCAGGGGCCUUCCACAUACUUGCUGGAGCCUGUGGCAUGGUUGCUAUCUCAUGGUAUGCUGUCAACAUCACCACCGACUUCUUCAACCCCCUGUAUGUUGGAACCAAGUAUGAACUGGGCUCUGCCCUCUACUUGGGCUGGAGCGCCUCUCUGCUCUCCAUCCUGGGCGGCAUCUGUGUCUUCUCCACCUGCUGCUGUGACUCCAAGGAGGACCCAGCCACCAGGGUGGGACUUCCCUACAAGCCUUCUACGGUUGUGACAGCCCGAGCCACUUCCGAUGAAAGUGACGUCAGCUUUGGUAAAUAUGGCAAAAAUGCCUACGUGUAGGAGCUCCGGCCUGGUGGACAGCGUUUCUUGUCCCACUGUCCCCAGCAGAAAACGUCCCCAGGACCUGUGGGAGGACUAGUCUCCAGUUAAUAACCUGAGGACAGGCCAAAUUUCCAGGCCUCAGCCUAUGCCGGGAAGCCACUACCCACUCUGGGCACACCUUAUCUGGCACUCCAGUCUCUCCCAGGAACAGAAGCUUCAGGGGCAACUUGCAUGGCCUCCCACAGCUGGACUCAAGGGGACAGAGGUGUCUGCAGCAUGUGACUCUAUAGAAAUAUGUGCAUAAAUCAAUGUAUAUUGUGAUUGUACAGGGGGCUCCUGGGGUCCUGAAGUUACGACCACGGAAGGGGGUCAUUUUCAAGCCAUAGACUGUCAAGUCUGCCCACUUUGGGGGCUGUGUCAUCUAGUGAGACGGUGGGCCAGGGAGCUGGGGACGUGGCUCAGUGAGUUUAGAGUGUUUGCUACACAAGUAUGAGGACCUGAGUUCAAAUCCCCAGUACCCGUGUGAAAAGCGGGCCCUGGACACACUCCUGCAGCCCAAGUGUUGCUAGGGAGGGGCUCUGAGGCUCACUGGCUUCCAACCUCACUCCAGGUUCUAUGUGAGUUCAAUCUCAAGGGAAUGAGGUGGAGCACGAUAGAGCAGGGUGCUGGGAGCCCUCUUCCGACCUUUGCGGGCACACAGACUUGUGCGUAGAGGACACACGCGUGCGCGCACACACACACACACACACAUUCUCAAUAAAAGGAUUUGAAAGGGGGAAAUCGCUAACAACUGCUCCGAAUCACCCACCUCAGGAGACUGUUAAUAGCUGGGAAGCUUCUGGCCCACUGAAAGUUCCUCUCUGUUGACCCCUGACCUAUUUUCUCACAGCCUCACAAAGGGGCAGUUGAUUUAGAACGGGCGGGCAUUGGUGUGUGUGUGUGUGUGUGUGUGUGUGUGUGUGUGUGUGUGUGUGUGUGUGUGUGUGUGUGUUUAAAGUCGAUUUGGGGUUUAAAAUAAAGGUUUUUUUUUUUUGGUUCUUUUUUUCGGAGCUGGGGACCGAACCCAGGGCCUUGCGCUUCCCAGGCAAGCGCUCUACCACUGAGCUAAAUCCCCAACCCCAAAAUAAAGGUAUUUUUAAAGAUGCA